UCGAUGUUGAGACAAAACCUUCUCUAUUUAAUCUCCUGGUCCCUCCGUUGAAAAAGUUGUCUGUCAAUUCAAUUACUAGGAUAAAGUUUAAAGAUACAACCACCAUGUUGAUCAACAACAAUAAUCACAGUGAUUAUACAGAGAAAAUGCAGAGAUAUCAAGAACGAAUUCAAGCGUUAGAAGAAGAAAAACAUAAGAUUCAGGUGUUCCAACGUGAGCUUCCUCUUUGUCUUGAGCUUGUAACUCAAACGAUUGAAGCAUGUAGGCAACAGUUGUCUGGGACGACCGUUGAUUAUUUUCAUGGCCAAUGUGAAUAUUCUGAGCAGACAUCAAGUGAAGAGCAUGUUCUUGAGGAAUUCAUUCCUAUUAAAAGGAUUUUAUCUUCUGAUGAAGAUGAGCAAAAAGCUAAGAAAUCUAAAAACAAUGGCAGCGACAAGAAGAACAACAAGAACAAUGACAAGUCAUCGAAAAAAUCAGACUGGCUCAAAUCUGUUCAGCUCUGGAAUCAUCCCCCAGAUCCACCCACCAAAGAGAAGUCAACAAAAAAGUUAUCAGUGAAAAGAAAAGGUACUGCACCACCAUCAAUGGAUGGGUCACCCUCUUCCAUGGCACCGAUUGCUGCAGCUAGUUCAACGGCAGAUACAGGUGGCAGUGGUGGUGGGAGGGAUGGAAGUAAGAGAGAAGAGAAGGAAGGAAAGUCGGAGAAGAAGGCGAGGAGGUGUUGGUCACCGGAGUUGCAUAGGAGAUUCUUGCAAGCCCUUCAACAGCUUGGUGGUGCUCAUGUUGCUACUCCUAAGCAAAUUAGGGAGUUAAUGAAGGUUGAUGAGCUCUCUAAUGAUGAAGUUAAAAGCCAUUUACAGAAAUAUCGUUUGCAUAUGAGAAGACCAAGUUCAUCAAUGCACAAUUACAACAAUUCGCAAGCACCCCAGUUUAUAGUGGUAGGAGGAAUAUGGGUGCCACCAGAAUAUGCUGCAAUGACGGCAAAAACAGCAUCAGAAGAAGCACCCCAGGUUGCCGCUUCCCAUGGCAUCUAUGCACCAAUAGCUGCACUGCCAUCACCCCACCAAGAUGCCUCGACAUCUCUAAAGCAAAGGCAACAACAAAACCAACUGGAGCCUCAUGGAAGAGGCAGCAAUAGCGAGGGCAAAGCUCGUUCUAAUUCCCCAGCUACCUCCUCCUCCACACAUACCAUAGCCUUGCCUGCAGAUUGACAUCCAUCAUGUGAAAAGCUUGGUGUUGAAAUUUUGUGACGAAUUGCUUGAAAUCUUUUGGUAUAGAAUUAGAAGACAAUAUAAAGGUGUACUUCGGGUUCUUUACUACCUUAAAAUUACGUUAUGUUGGUGUUGUACUAUGUAGAGAUCUUGGCAACUUUUGACAGUGAUAGUCAGAUACCAAAGUUGAAUAAGUUCACUUGUAACUUCCCAC